AUGGCGGCGAGCGUCGUGGAUCGAGGGUCUAAAGGUGUCGCUGUGCAGAUGCAUGCGUACAUUGGUUCACCAUCCGCAACACCAGUAGACAACUCUGCACUGCGGGUGAAAGACGGCAAGCGAAUCGAAAUUGCGAAUGACUCGACAGGCGAGACUUUGGCGCUACAACUGGAUCAUGUCUAUCAGGAGGCAACGGAAGCAGAUGUAGUAGAAAGGUCGAUGCGAUCUCUCGUUGCUGCGUGUGUGGAAGGUGUGAACGUCUCCGUGCUCGCAGUUGGUUCUGCUAAAGCACAGAAGAGCCGAGUGCUGUUUUCGCCCAUGCUGGACCAAAGCUUAGCUGUAGCAAUCUUCCAGACUCUGUUCGACACACUUCAAAACAAAAUCGUGGCGCUGAAUAAUAACACCGGUGGGUCAGUAGUGAAAAAUAGUGGUAUUUCCAGCGCCAGGAAGAAUCAAACUCUCUCCUCCGCGACUUUUUCGCUGUGUGUGUCGUUCGCUGAGCUGUUUGAAGAAUCAAUUACGGAUCUCUUAGUACCAAGAGACAGCAGACAAGAUCUAUUCAUCGAGGACGACCCAGCACUGGGAAAGAUCGUCAAGAACUUGACCCAAUCAGCACCCCUAACGUCUAUCGGAAGCUUCCGCCAACUAUUAGACGCUGGCCUCAGUGUCAGACGCAGUACCAACGGUCAGUACGGCAAUUUAUCCGAGUUUACCGGUGCCGUCUUACGGAUCUCCGUCAAGCAGACGUUUAGUUUCCUGGAAGCGCCAACGCAAGAGCUUCACUCGCUCUUCGACAUUGCGGACUUACCAGCUACUGAUCGUCUCACACGCUCCGGUACAGCAGUACGAUUGUCGGAGGGGCCAUUGUUGAACAAGUCCUUAUUCGCACUGCAGGACGUAGUUGAGAGUUUAAGUAGAAGCACGGACGAAGGUCCCGUUCAUUAUCAAGGUUCACAGCUCACAACUCUGCUUCAAGAUGCGCUAGGAGGUAAUUGCCUCACCUUCGUGUUACUGUGUUUGAGUCCUGGCGAUAUGAAAGGAUCAACCGCUACACUGCAGCUUGGUAAACUGCUGUCUCGGGUGUGCACGUUUCCUGUUGUAAACAACGACAUGCUUCGAGGUCUGCGGCGCCGUCAGUUCACGAUGCAAAAACACCCAACGGUUGUUACAGGAGAUCUGGUAGACUACGAGCGCCGACUUCACGACUUGGAGGGGAAGUUGGCUCAAAACGGACUGGAACGUCGAAUGUUGCGUGAAGAUAAAGACGCACUUACAGCGCAGUUAGGGGAGCUACGCGUUAAGUAUCGCGAGCUGUUCGACAACGAGUUAUCUCUCCGUACUGAGUUGCUGGCCUGCGAACAGGACAAGUUGGCAUUAAGUAAAGCGUUCGUAGCUUUCCAGUUGGAGCGCGAUACUCAACUACAGCAGCUUGACAGUGACAAAUUCGAGGCUGAAACUCGACUUAUUAAGGCUGAACAACUCGUCGUUGAGAUCCAGCAAGACGACGCCACCAAAGCGGAACAGAUCCAGGAUUUGUGUGCUAAAAUGAACGAACUGGUAGCUGACAAGACUCGACUAGGUGUAGAGCUAUCCAUGCUGCAGAAAGCAGUAAAAUCUGCGGAGAAUUCUCGUGAUGCUGAAGCCAAGCAGAAUCAGCAGCUCAGUCUGGAGUUGAUCGUCGCAGUCAAUCAGAAGCAGAAGUUCCAGAGUGAAAUGGAGACGCUUGCUACGCAAUUACGCACUCGUCAGUCUCAACUUGAUGAGCAGCAGGGUGAAUGCACAAAACUUCGGUCAGAUAAUGAAGAACUGCGACGCGAAGCCACGGAAUUCGAGGCAAAGCUUGAAAGUAUACGCAAAGAUCUGGUACGUCGCGAAUUGGAGCUGGAACGGGUAGAAUUGGCGGCCAAGAAGGAGCAACUUGAGACGCAGCAGGCAGGACGAGACGCUGAUAAUAUUCGCGAACGUACAGUUAACCAACUGAGUGACGAGCUGGAGAUUCAGCGAUCGGCGUUUGCAGCGGAUAAACGUUCGCUGGAAGUUCAACUGGAGCGUGUACAGCACGAGUUGGUUCGUGAGAAUCGCGAGAAACAACUUGCUAGUGCAGCUUUGAAGUCCAAGAACGAGGAGAAUGAAGAGCUUGUGCUGGCUUUGGAGCGCGCACGUCAUGACCUGCAAGCGCAACUUGAGACUUUCCGGUUAAAACUCGCGCUCCUGCAUCAAUCAGGGAAUGACACUGAGGCCGGUACAGGCAUUCAAGCUCUGCGAGAACUGCUAGCGUCGUACCAAGUGCGGGAAAAAGAACUUCGCUACGAACUUGACAGUACACGAAAUGCUAGUUGGCGUUUGACGCGACGUCUUCGAGAAUCUGCUGAGCCACAAAAUGGCGAGGAAACGCAUGCUGUAGAUGAAAUGGAGCGACUUCGUGAGCGUCUUGAUGCUGCAGAACAGCAACUAGCAGUCGAGAUGCAGCAGCGAUCGGAACAAGCACUUGCACUUGCAGGGCUUGAGGCCCAAAACGCGAACCUACUACGUGAGCAGAAGGAGAGACAGCAACACGAACAAACCGUACCAACUAAAGACAACGACACUGGGGUCCGUGAAGUGCACGCAGAACUCGCUCGCCAGCUUGAAGAAGUUCGACGCCUCACUCUCCAGCAAACAACGCAUGCCACGCAACAGAUAAGCUCCAACAACGCAGACCUCAGUGAGCUAGAAACGCUGCGUGCAGCCAAGACCCAACUCGAAUCACGUUUGGCAAGUACCAAAGCGCACUGGAUGACGUUGCUGGAACAAGUUGAGCGCCGCUGCGCUGAGUUACUCACCAAAAACGUGAUGCUCACAGAGGACAACGACAACCUUCGCAAACAUCUCACCAAGAUCAUGAAGCGUACCAGACCAGAUUAAAUCAAAACAAAGAAACUACGUACUGAAUUAACCA